AUGGCCGCGGAGCUGGCGAUGGGCGCCGAGCUGCCCAGCAGCCCGCUGGCCAUCGAAUACGUCAACGACUUCGACCUGAUGAAGUUCGAGGUGAAGAAGGAGCCGCCCGAGGCCGAGCGCUUCUGCCACCGCCUGCCGCCCGGCUCGCUGUCCUCGACGCCGCUCAGCACGCCCUGCUCCUCCGUGCCCUCCUCGCCCAGCUUCUGCGCGCCCAGCCCGGGCACCGGCGGCGGCGGCGGCGCGGGGGGCGGCGGCGGCGCGGCGCAGGCCGGGACCGCCCCGGGGCCGACGAGCGGGGGCCCGGGCGCCGUCGGGGGCGCCUCGGGGAAGCCGGCGCUGGAGGAUCUGUACUGGAUGAGCGGCUACCAGCACCACCUCAACCCCGAGGCGCUCAACCUGACGCCCGAGGACGCGGUGGAGGCGCUCAUCGGCAGCGGCCACCACGCCGGGCACCACGGCGCGCACCACCCGGCGGCCGCCGCGGCCUACGAGGCUUUCCGGGGCCAGGGCUUCGCGGGCGGCGGCGGCGCGGACGACAUGGGCGCCGGCCACCACCACGGCGCGCAUCACGCCGCGCACCACCACCACGCCGCGCACCACCACCACCACCACCACCACCACCACGCCGGCGCGGGCCACCACUCCGGCGCGGGCCACGGCGGCGGCGGCGGCGGCGCGGGCCACCACGUGCGCCUGGAGGAGCGCUUCUCCGACGACCAGCUGGUGUCCAUGUCGGUGCGCGAGCUGAACCGGCAGCUGCGCGGCUUCAGUAAGGAGGAGGUCAUCCGGCUGAAGCAGAAGCGGCGCACGCUCAAAAACCGCGGCUACGCGCAGUCCUGCCGCUUCAAGCGGGUGCAGCAGCGGCACAUUCUGGAGAGCGAGAAGUGCCAGCUCCAGAGCCAGGUGGAGCAGCUGAAGCUGGAGGUGGGGCGCCUGGCCAAGGAGCGGGACCUGUACAAGGAGAAAUACGAGAAGCUGGCGGGCCGGGGUGGCCCCGGGGGCGCGGGCGGGGCCGGCUUCCCGCGGGAGUCCUCGCCGCCGCAGGCCGGGCCGGGCGCGGCCAAGGGCGCCCCCGACUUCUUCCUGUGAG